UUUCAUGUACUAAUUAAUAAUUAUUAUACCCUUGUCAAAAUUAGGUAUUCGUGAAGAAUGGGAGGCGGUAAAAAUAAAGAAUUUGGUUAUCCUCCCGGACAAUAUCCUCCGCAACCAGGAGCUUACCCUCCACAAGGGUAUCCUCCUCAAGGGUAUCCACCUGCACAAGGAUAUUCUCAGCAGCUAGGAGCUUAUCCUCCACAAGGGUAUCCUCCUGCACAAGGAUAUCCACCGACUGGAGCCUAUCCUCCAGCACAAGGAUAUCCCCCAGCUGGUGGAUAUCCUCCUGCACAAGGAUAUUCACCGACUGAAGCCUAUCCUCCAGCACAAGGAUAUCCCCCACAAGGAUAUCCUCCAGCAGGUUACCCUCCGCACAAAGCAGGGCACGGAAACAUGGGAUUAAUGACUGGAGGCCUGGCUGCCGCGGCAGCUGUCUAUGCUGCUGCAAGUUAUGGACGCAGCGGCGGUCGUUAUGGUCAUGGAAAAUACAAGCAGGGAAAGUAUAAGGGUGGCAAAAAGUACGGAAAGAAAUUUGGCAAGAAAUUUAAGAAGUGGAAAUAA